GAGCUGUUCCAGCAGCCUUAUCAGGAACUGGGCAACGAUGUACUACAAUAUGCAACCACCCCACGUCUUUCCCAAGUCAGCGCUAACAACUGGGGACUGGUCAUUGCCAAGGAUAAUGUUUUUCUGGAGCAGCCCGGUGUUACCGAUGGAUGGUCGGACAAGGAGCUCACAAUUCGCAAUAUUGCGCAGGAGAAUUCCCACAUGUGGUUCGGCAAUAGCAUCACCUGCUUAUGGUGGAGCCAUAUUUGGCUGCACGAGGGGUUCGCGCGUUACUAUGAGUACUUUUUGGGACAUCAGCUUUAUCCCGAUUAUCAGCUCGACCAGCAAUUCCUUGUGCAAACUCUACAUGAGGCGCUUUUAUUCGACUCUCAAAAUAUCACUCAGCCAAUGACCAGCGCUCAAGUGAACAUUAAUACCCCAGGGGAUAUCAAUUAUAAAUUUGAGAGAAUCGCUUUUGCGAAGGCAGCUAGCGUAAUCCGCAUGUGGAGCAUCUUAAUGGGUGAGGAAAACUUUAAAACAGCAAUCCGGAACUUCCUUAGGGAAUAUCGUUUGAGUACCGUCACACCCCCUAUGUUAUAUGUGCAUCUUACGGAGAACUGGCCCAAGGAGCAACAUGUCACAUUAAAUGCACUUUAUUACGACUUUAAUAUAAAAGUGGGCUACCCAAGGAUUAUAGUGAGCCUCGAUGAAGAUAACCAAACAUUUCGCUUUGAGCAGAAGCGCUUCUUGUUAAACAGCACAGAUGGCAGCAAUCCCAACUUGCGAUACACAACGCCCAUCUCAUGGACCACAAAUCUUGGCCGUAAUUUUCAGAAUCUAACACCCAACUUUUAUUUCGAAAGCCAUGAGACUUUUUAUAGGGGCCGUAUGAACAAACCAUUUGACUGGAUCAUCGUCAAUAUAAAACAAGCAUUCUACUACAGAGUACACUAUCAGCCACCACUUCUAGGACGGAUUCAAAAAGCCUUGACCAAGGCUGAUCACAGUGAAAUCCCAGUUGAGAACCGAGCUGCUAUCAUUGAUGAUCUGUUCAACUUUGCGCUCGCUGAAUUGAUUGACUACGUCGAGGUCUUCGAGUUCAUGGAGUACAUGAGCACGGAAAC